UCAGAUGUGUCCUGUCCUCUCACAGUGGAUGAUGCUGUUAUGCGGACCUAAUCGACCAGAGUGGCCACUAACAAUGCUUCCAAUCAUGGAAAAUAACUAAUUUAAAAUUUCAAAAUGGAUAUUAAAGUCUUAGAUUAGGUCACCAAGGACGCGUAAAUUUUUGGCACCGUGCGUAAAAACGUGGAAUUGUUUGAAUAAUAUACACACAUACACACAACAACUAACCGGACUAUAUUACCGUGAAUGAAUUUCUUGAGACCAAAUUUGUAAAGGCAGCAUUAUGAACUGGUACUUAAGUCUGCAAAUACAUCAGAGGUAAGCUACAGUGCCGCUCCCUGAUUCAGCACCGGGUGAUGGAUAGCUCACCGAGUCAGUGCGCGGACAGGCUUUUGGAGCGCGGAAACACAAGGUACAUUUCGCGGGCAGGGCUAAAGUGAGGAGGGUGACACUUCUAUCGAUGCUGAGCUUUAGGGAAAAGACAGUAAAGUUGUUCAGACAGAGUAUCGUCAUACUCACUCCCCGCCCACAGAUAUAAACGCAGCUGUAGUAAGAGUAGUGGUGAAGUUGUCCUGAUAUGCCUCCCAGCUGCUAAGAUGACAGAUUUUGCUCACACAUCACGGCUUCAAGGUAACGUUUUGGCAGUGGACGGAAACACCUCCGCACUCUCCGGUGAAGUUGGACUUCUUGGUACCAGAGUACAAAAUGGGACACAACCACCUGUUCUCUGUGAGGACGGCUAUUCUCUGCUCGCUACUCUUAUGUCCUUCAGUUCUUUGUCACGAGAAGACCCACUCGCAUGCUGAGGAUGAUCUCUUCAAGACCCUGUUUGCUGGUUACAACAAGUGGUCGAGACCCGUGCCAAACAUCUCUGAUGUGGUCAUUGUCAAGUUUGGACUGUCCAUAGCACAGCUCAUUGACGUGGAUGAGAAGAACCAAAUGAUGACAACCAAUGUGUGGCUUAAACAGGAGUGGAAUGACUACAAACUUCGCUGGAGACCAUCUGACUAUGACAAUGUGACGUCCAUAAGAGUGCCGUCAGAGCUCAUAUGGGUACCAGACAUCGUCCUCUACAACAAUGCUGACGGUGAGUUUGCUGUGACCCAUAUGACGAAAGCUCACCUAUUCCACAAUGGUAAAGUUCGCUGGGUUCCUCCUGCCAUUUACAAGAGCUCCUGCAGCAUUGACGUCACCUUCUUCCCUUUUGAUCAGCAGAACUGCAAAAUGAAAUUUGGCUCCUGGACGUAUGACAAAGCCAAGAUUGACCUCGAGCGAAUUGAAAACACUGUGGACCUGAACAACUACUGGGAGAGCGGUGAAUGGGCCAUCAUCAACGCUGUGGGAACAUACAAUACAAAGAAAUACGACUGCUGCCAUGAGAUCUACCCAGACAUCACCUAUUUCUUCAUCAUUCGAAGGCUUCCCUUGUUUUACACCAUCAACCUCAUCAUCCCCUGUUUGCUGAUCUCUUGCCUCACUGUUCUGGUUUUCUAUCUACCCUCAGACUGUGGUGAGAAGAUCACGCUGUGCAUCUCUGUGCUGCUGUCCCUCACUGUUUUCCUUCUCCUCAUCACGGAGAUCAUACCGUCCACAUCCCUGGUUAUCCCACUCAUCGGCGAGUACCUCCUCUUCACCAUGAUUUUCGUCACCCUCUCCAUUGUCAUCACUGUCUUUGUGCUCAACGUGCACCAUCGCUCUCCCAGCACUCACAAGAUGCCCCGCUGGGUCCACUCUGUGUUCCUGGACCUGAUCCCACGCUGGCUGUUCAUGCGACGGCCCUUACCAGAUGGCCGGCGUUGCAGGCUGUUGCUGCUCCAGCAGGAAGCAGUGGUGGAGCGGCGGCAGGGCCGGAUAGCUGGGUGCAAAUCUGGAAACUGCCUCAGCACUUCGGCUAACUGGUUAAGAGAUGGGACCAUGUCAGAGGACCCUGAGAGAAGCAGUUACGAGGAUUUAGAGCUGGGAACACUGACGUCAUAUUUCUCCUUCCGUCCUCCUUCACCCAGACCUCCAGGGUCGACUCCUCCACCACAACAGAAAAACUCACAGAACAGCCAGAACCGACAGGAGGGGGCUGCAGGGACAAACAGACACUUAACAGGGGCCAGAGUCAAUUCCACUCAGAGGCCAACUAAAGUUGAUAGUACAGUAUCAGACUCAACAUUCCUGCUUUCACCAAGUGUUAUGCGUGCUCUGGAAGGGGUGCACUACAUUGCAGACCAUCUGAGGGCUGAGGAUGCUGACUUCAGCGUGAAAGAGGAUUGGAAGUAUGUUGCCAUGGUGAUUGACCGCAUCUUCCUGUGGAUGUUCAUUAUUGUGUGCCUGCUUGGGACCAUUGGCCUCUUCCUACCCCCUUGGCUAGCUGGCAUGAUCUAGCUCUCGCUGAAAAUGUAGCUGAACUCUACGUCAAGACCGGGAAUGUGACUCAAGUUUGUGUAACACGCUAUGCUCUUUACACACCACCAAACCAAAAUUAUACUAUUCUUAGUUCCUUAUAACUAGUGGGCCAUUUUAGGAUGUCUCAGACUCAGCUGUCCAGACUUGGCUCAACUUUCAUCUGUCUGGUGCACUUUGUCAGCCUCAGGUGUACUUCCUCAGCCUCACCUGUAGGUUGUGUUUGACCUGAAUGCUAACAUUAGCAUGUUAACAUGUCUGUUGGAUGUUAAUAUGCUAACGUUUAGCACGUUAAGAUUUGGCAUGUUAGCAUGCUAACGUUAGUAUGUUAACAUGCCACUGUUAGUUUAUUGUCUCUUUAGCAUGUUAGUUAGCGUAACAUGCUAGUUAAAAAGUGUGGUGCCAGCAUCAGUAUUGGGUAAGGUGUUACAGUAAUUCAGUACCCUAACUACAUUAUUAGUAAUCUUGCUGUUUUGCUGGGAGUUAGGGUGGGAUGAUCAACAUCAGUUUUUGUCUCUGUGCCUUCAGUGGAGAGACUGGUCAAGAUGCAUAAUGUUAGCUUAUUGUGAGUGGCUCGAGGCGAGAGAGGGGGCUAUUGGUUAACCUCCAGCAAAAAUAUGCCUUCCGGUAACUCCAAAUUUGUCUUAUUUACAUGGUGUUUUCUUCUUAGCUGUCCAGCUAGCCACUGGUAUACCCAAAAAAUACCUGGGUUUUGUUUAGAGUUGUACAGUGUGUAAAUAAAGGUCUUUGAGGACUGGACUCCCAAGUCUGAGGUCACUGGGGCUAGCUGUUAAUGGACAGUAGCGUAAUACCUCCAAUGCCUAUAGGCUGGCUGCUCCACAAAGUGCAAAUGUGGCAACUUUGGAGUUAAGGCACCAGCUGGGCUGAGUAACGGUAAGCAAUGUAACUAAUUACUGUUAGUUACUAGUAAAGUGAUGUGAUGACAUUUUCAGUUAACAACAUGAAAUCAGUUUGAUUACAUUUUCCAAAUAACUCCAGAAACUUCAUUCCACCUAAAAUGAGAUGGCUUUAAGUUAAAGUUUCUCAACUUUCUUUGGUUUUGACCAACAAUGGCAUACUGUACUAGGAAUUAAUAGUAUACUGGACACACUAACUGGGGUCAUUUGUGCUGGUUUGGAAAGAAUUUCCUACCCCCCCCCCCAAGUUUUUCUUUCUGGCCAUGCUGCCAUGAUUACACUUAUUUUUGAAUGACUAUAGUAUGUAAUAAAUACCCUUAUGAAAACCUUUAAAAA